GUAAUUUAUACUGCUUGGAAAAUAAUGUUCAUAUUUCGACCCAUCACUGAGUGCGAUCAUACACAGUUCGCAGGAUCAAUAUUUAUUUGAGGUUUUGUUCCGUUUUCGGUGCAGCUUUAAAAAUCCCCCAAUUUAAUUGGACUUUGACUUCAGCGUCUGAAAGAAAACGCUGUCAGUCUCUGGUCCGAUCGCCCACGGAAUAUUAUUGUCGCUGAGAAUAUGCCACAGAAGUCGAUUAAAGUGUGCCUUCUUGGCAGUCUCUGUGUAGGGAAAACCUGUAUAACCACGCGAUUCGUCAAAGGAAAGUUUAAUGAGGAAUACUUCAGCACUAUCGGCGCCGCCUUCUUGUCAAGAUCACUCUUCUUUCAGAACAUCGAAUAUAGUUUUGCAUUAUGGGAUACGGCGGGACAAGAAAGGUUUCGUUCAAUGGCCCCUCUGACGUACAGGUCUGCAGCCGCCGCACUCAUCGUUUAUGACAUCACAAAUCAGAAAUCGUUCGAAGAUGUCGAUUUCUGGAUCUCAGAGCUGAGGAGGGAUGGUCCUGAGGAAAUCUUGAUUUAUGUGAUUGGGAACAAAGUAGACCUCGAAUCGUCCCGUGUUGUCGACCGGGAAGUGGCAGAGAGUUACGCCCAAACCAAAGGAGUGUUUCACUUUCAUUCCAGCGCCAAGACUGGCCAGGGUGUCGACGAAAUCUUCUACGAUAUCUGUCAAAUGACAAGAUCAAUACAAGAAAAUAGAUGCAAGAAUCGUCAGAGUACGGUCGAUGUCUCCAACUCUACCAAUUCCGAUGAAAACAGAGAAGGUGAUCGCGGUCGAUGUCGAUGUCAGAGCAAGUGAUCACAUCAUCAAACAUGAUCGCAAAGGCUUUCUAAAAUCAACGUAAAAGCAAUUUCAGUAGCCUUUUACAUCGCCUUUUGAAAUGGACGAACCUAUUACUUCAACCGAAUAUGAUUUCUAUACAGGCAAUACAACAGGAUAUUGAAAUUUCCCUUGAACUGAUUAAUCUCUUUGCAAACAGCUAUUAUCAGACUUUAUCAAACUCUUUGCAUGCAUCAAGAAAAAUCUGAUGUCAUAGCUUAAGAUUUACAUGGAAUUAAAACGAAAAAAUCAUUGCUAUUAUCCGUAUAUUCAUAUUAGACUUCCUAAACUGACGUUCUGCGAAAUUCUACUCUGGCGACAGUGAUGAUUGAUUAAUCAGAACUGUGGUACUGAAAUAAAAGUUGCAGUGUAUUCACAUCAUUUUGGCCUGAAAGGGGUCGAAAUUUAGUUAAAAUUCGAUUAAUUUCAUUUGACUUUAUAAGCUAGAACAUGACGCCGUUUAAUAUUAAUGGGUGACUUUAAGUCUGGUAUUUGGUAUUUGGUAUCCAGUAUAAUAUUUAUAGCCGACGUAUGGGCCGGCCUCCGUCUUGUCAAUGCCCUAGAAAUG